UUCUCGGUCACACUGAUGCCUUCGAAAUAUUCAAAGUAAAUAAAUAAAUUAAGAAAACAUGACGGAUCCAGAAAACUGCCAAGAUUUAGAAGACAAGAUGAAUAGCAGCGAGGAUAAGGAGUGCAUGGAGGAAACCAGCAAUUGUCCACAAGAGUCGGAGGCGAAGGCAGUGGAUGUGGUGAAUGCAGUCGCAGACAGCAACGUUCAAGAGCCAAAAUUCUAUGGCAAAGCGCAAAAAUAUUGGUCGGAAGUGCCGGCCACAGUCAACGGGAUGCUGGGUGGCUUGGGAUACAUCAGCGCCAUCGAUAUACAGGGAUCAAACACGUUUCUGCGCGAAAUACGGGUGCCUGGCAACAAGCUGGCGUUGGACUGCGGGGCCGGAAUCGGAAGAGUGACUCGGAAUCUGCUGAUUCCCCGCUUUCAUUGCGUGGAUAUUGUGGAGCAGGACCCAGCGUUUGCGAAUAAAGCCCGGGAGUACUGUACAACUGAAAACCAGCCUGUCGGCAGUUUGGGGGAAAUCUACAACGUUGGACUACAGAAAUUCACUCCCACAAAGAAGUACGAUCUUAUCUGGAGUCAAUGGGUUCUAGGACAUCUCACUGAGCUGGACUUGGUCGACUUCUUUCGACGCGUGCGGCAGGGACUGGCUCCAGACGGGUUCUUUGUCAUCAAGGAGAACGUAACCAAGUCAAAGGAGAUAAUCGAUGACGACGAAGACUCUUCAGUUACUCGCCCGCUGGAGCACUACGAUAUAUUGCUCAAGACGGCUGGAUUUCGUAUUGUGCGAAAAGUGCGACAACAGAACUUUCCAAAAGACCUUUACCCAGUUUAUAUGAUUGCCUGUAAGCCGCUCUCUGUGGCUUAAAUUCAAAAUUUAGUUACUAACGAAACGAACGUACAAGCGAAAUUGUACCCACAAAAACCAAUAUCACAAUUUUAGCUAGUCAUCAAAAUGUUUAACUUAUAGUUGUAUAGUUCAUAGAGACAAAUAAAUGAAUCAAAUGACCAUGCCGGGUCACAAA